CACUAUUUUUUUUCAGAAUAAUUUUCAGCUUCUUUCACCCUAAAUUUCAUCUUAUCUCAACAAAUAUUUAAAAAUUAUAAUCUUCGUAUAAUAUUAAUUUAUUAUUGAAGACUUGGUUUUGAAUAGGCGGUAAAGGCUUACUCGUAAAGUGUUCCAGAAAUUAGAUAAAAUUUGUGUUUGAAUUGUUACUCCUGUGAAAACAACUUUCUGGGCCAAAUUUUUGUAACUUUGGCCUUUGACUUUUCAAAAUAAAUCUAAAGUUAUGUUAAUUGACUGAUUCUCAACUAAAAUUUAGAAAUUAGUUUUUCUAGAUACAUUGAGUAUCCUAAUUUCGAAUGUUAAUAUCUUUACAGAUAUUCUAUGGUUGCCUAAAUGUCUAACUCUUCUGUGUCCAAUAUACAUGGAGAUGAGGCUAGCCAUUCAAGUGGCCAACCCCCACCACCUCCUUUACCUCCGUUAGCAUCAGGAUCUUCAUCUCACCAGCAACAUCAACAGAAACAACCCCAACCAGUUGAAGCUCAAUACAAGAAUCUUCUACUGGGUAAACCAACUUCUCUAUAUUCAGGAAGCUCAAAUCCUCACGGAACUGUUUAUGCUCAAAGAGCUGAUGUUUGGAGUCCAGUAACUUCGUCGGUAACAACUCCUCCUCCACCAACACCUGAUGAUGAAUUGUUGGGACAGUUAACAUUGGACGACUUAAUUUCUCGAAUUAGAAGUCUAGAAGCUAAAAACAGAAAACUUCUUUAUGAUAAUGGCGCAAUGACUAAAGAUAUAAACCAUCAUUUGUCCACAUUGCAACAGCUCAAGCAACAAAAUUAUCAUUUAAUAUCUGAGAACAAUGAGCUACGUGAACUGGCCUGUUUCCUUGAAGACGAAAGGUCUCGGUGUAGAUCAAUUGCACGAGAAUGGCAAUCUUUUGGAACACAUAUGUCCAGAGUUAUGCGGCAUGAAGUGACAAACUAUUCUAAUAAACUAACUCAGUUAGAAGGAAAACAGUUUGAAUUGGUCCGAGAAAACUUUGAAUUGAAACAAUUGUGCCUGCUUUUAGAUAAUGCUUUAUCUUCACGGGAAGGUCCAGAUGGUUCUUUAAUACCUCAUAAUUCUUCAAUCGUUAAUUCCAAUACGAAUGGAGUAACAAGUAUCAAUCCAUCGUUAGCUCUGAAAUCAAAAACUGCCAAAAACAACAGCAAUAACUACAGUAAUCAUGAAAAUAGUGUUCAACCUCAGCAUAAAGUUAUUCUGAGUCAGCAGAUAUUGGAAUACAUAAGAUCACUGGAAGGGCGAAUAAAACAGCUGGAAAAUGAAAGGACAAAAAGCAACGAAAAUUCUCGUUCAACUAACGAAACGUAUGAAAACACUAAAGCGAUUACUAAGGAUGGCUCUGAUCAAUCUGCAGCACCUGUUUGCCCACAACCUUUGGUGGUUGCAAUGAAAGCUUUGCAAAUACAUGAAGAUCUUGGUUCUGGAGAAGGCUCGAAAAGCAUCAAUGCAGUGGAAAAUAGAGAAAAUCCAAGUACAAAUGCUGAAAUUAACAAUGAAGUGAUUACUGAUCAACAUAAAGCUAUUGUUAAAGGGUUAUGCAAUGUUAUUUGGCGAAAAAUUGAAGACUCAUCUUAAAAAAUCUGGAAGAUAUUUCAAUUUUAAAAUGUUUUCUCCUAUAGUUUUAUUUAUUUUACUUAUUCAAAAGUGAUUUCAUUUAUAAAUCAUACAACAUAUUGACUUAGUUGAUUCCCUUUUGCCAUACAAAUCUGGGAUGCUGGCAGGGUAUUGAUUUUUAUCAUCGUUUCCUAAAUUUUAUCAACUCUGGAAAAUCUUAUCUUAUUUUUUUAAAUGACUUGUUUAAGAUUAAUCUUCAUCUCAAUAUUAAAUCACAAUCAAAAUUUACCAUAAAAUUCAUUUUAUUCCAUC